AUGCAGUCCAUACUCACAACACUUUCCCUUCUGAGUCUCAGCCUCUCAUCAACGGCACUCGCCCUCUCUCCAAACCGCACCUUGGCCCCCGUCGUGACGAAUAACCGCGCCAACGCUCUGUACGAAGCCACGCUCCCGACCAGACAGAACACCACCCUCCGCGGCUGGAUCACACUCUUCGCACCCCCACAGGGAGUCGGCGUCAAAGUCCACGCCGACUUCUGGGGUAUCCCCGAAAAUGAAGCUCUAGCAUACUACAUCCACGAGAACCCCGUCCCCGCCGACGGCGACUGCUACAGAACCGGUAACCCCUUCGACGCCUACCGACGCGGGGACAAGACCGCCUGCAACAUGACGAGCCCGCAGACCUGCCAAAUCGGCGACCUGAGCGGGAAACACGGGCCCAUUGUCACAGCGGAUGAUCAGGGAUUUGAAACGCGGUACACUGACCUCUACCUAUCGACGGAGCCGGGUGAGCCUGCCUAUUUUGGGAAUCGGUCGAUAGUCGUGCAUCGGUUGUCGGAUCGUGCGAGGUUAAAUUGUGCGAAUUUUGUGCUGGUGGCUCGACCGGAAAUGCCGGUUGCUCUGAAGGGCUGA